GUAUAUAUAUUUACGCAAUAGUUGCGUGCUUAUGAUGGAGCAAACAGUUUCUUAGUGGUUGAGACCACUUUUUUUUUAGUUUUUCUAUAUUUUUAUAAAAGUUUUAACCAGAUUUAUCUGCAAAGAAUCGUAUCAAAAAAUACAAUUUUAUAAUUAAAAUAAUGUGUGUUUUCAUGAUGCAAAAUUUUCAUCGAUUAAUAUGGCUUGUAUCUAUUCUAACCUUAUCUAUCAGUGAUGAAAUUAAAACAGAUGGUAAUACAUCUUUAACGUUAAAUAUAAAUAAUAUUGAUAGUGAUUUCAAAACUGAACAUCGAAUUUCAUCUUCAUCGAUUCAAUUUAUGCCUGAAUCCGUUAAUUCUAAAAAAAUACAGAAUCAAAGUAUUGCCACUCCUUUAGUUGCUGGAGAAGGUGGUCCAAUAUCACUUAUACCUCCUACUCAGCAAACAUCUACUAUUUCCCAUUUAAAAGAUGUUACUGAUAAUUUAGAUUUACAAGAUAAUUUAUCACAAAAAGAAGAUGAUAUUUUAUAUUUAAACAAAAAAAAGAAUAUUUCUAAAAUUGUGUCGAGAAAAGGAGCAGAUAAUGGAAAUAUUUCUAUUAAAAUGACACCAUCCAAUGACACAAAACCUAUUAUUGAAUUUUCAACAAUAGCAAGUAAUAUUUCUAAUAAUAUAAAUGCAAAAAUUGAUAUAAAUAUGAAUAAUUUAAAAUCAAAUGUUAGCGAUAAAAAUAUAAAUAAUGCUUCAAAUACAAUUGUAAAUAAUACUUUAUAUUUAACAAAUAUAACACAAAAAUUAUUAAGUGCUCCUGUAACAGCAUCAUCAAUUCAAGAACAUAAACCUAAACCAACUGCAACAGUAAUAGAAUCUAAUAACGAUAAACAAGCAUUUAUACCUCGUACUAAAGGUUCACGCGUAGGAAUGCCAAAGAAAAUUGAUUAUGUUUUACCAGUUAUUGUUACUCUUAUAGCUCUGCCAGUUUUGGGUGCUAUUAUUUUCAUGGUUUAUAAACAAGGUAGAGAUUGUUGGGAUAAAAGACACUACCGACGAAUGGAUUUUCUUAUUGAUGGCAUGUACAAUGAUUAAUACUUAUAAAUAUGACAUUACUUAAUUCGGCUCAUAAUUUUCAUUCAUAUAUGCAAUAUAUAUACAUAACAGUUGAAUAUAUUAUUUUGCCAUUAUAGCUAGAAAAAAUAUUAUAUUUCAAUUAUAUAUAAUUUUUUAUUUUACUGCAAUCUUUUGCAUAUACUUUUAUCAUGCUACUGCCUUAAUAUGAGAUUUGUUAUUAUAUAUUAAUUAGUAUCAUGUUUAUAAUUUUAGACAAAUGGUGCAUAGGAAAGACAAUAUGGAAAUAACAACAAAUUUACAAUUAUAGCAAUAACAAUUUAUUAUGAAUUCUAAAAAUGAAGUACUUUUAAAAUAAAGAUUUUAUCUUAAUUUAUAAAAUAAUUAAUGACACUUUUAUAAUUGUAUAUUAAAGCAAUUUUUAAAAUUAGAGAUUUUUAAUUACAUUACUUUUAUUAAAAAUUCUUAAUAAAAAAAUAAAUGUGCCAAGAAUUUUUGAUUAUGAAACCAGUGAUAUGUUAAUGUCUUUUCUUCCAGCAUAUAAAAGUAAGUUUUUUUGAUAUGA